AUGGUUUCACUGGGCAGUUUGGUCUUUGCUUGGUCAAAGAGGUUGAAUUAUAGUGGUAGAAGGUAUUAUUUUCAUAAUGGUAAGGACCCUUUGAAAAUUUUAUUCUUUGGUAGUGAUGAAUUCAGUAUACAUUCAUUAAGGGCAUUGAAUGAUAUUAAAUCAACUGGCUCUGGCAUUUUGGACUCUAUCCAAGUUGUUACAAGAAGUCCCAAAUGGUGUGGAAGAGGUAAAAGUAUUCUUAAGGAAACACCUAUAAUGCAUGUUACAGAUACAAUGGGACUACAGAACGCAUUAUUUUGUGAUAAUAAACAGGAAUUGAUAAGUCUGAGGGAUUCUGUGGAUUUUAAUAUGAUUGUCGCUGUAUCUUUUGGACAGUUGAUUCCUCCUGAGUUGCUGGAAAAAUCAUCAUGGUCAAUGAACGUACAUCCAUCUUUAUUACCCAAAUAUAAAGGUUCUUCCCCUAUACAAUAUUCUUUAUUAAAUAGAGAUGAAUUUACUGGAGUUUCAAUCCAAACAUUGCAUCCAACAAAAUUUGACCAUGGCUCAAUAAUUUGCCAAACACCUCCAUUAAAUGUUGCUGAAUUAUUGAAAAAGGGAACUGUUUCUAACUUUGUAGAAGAGACUCCUUUGAAAACAGCUAUCUUAAUGGAUCAACUUGGUAUUGCUGGUGGAUAUUUACUAAAAAAUAUAGUUUUAAAAGGAUUGUACUUGCAAGACCCCAAGACAGGUUAUCAACCGAAUCCAGAUAUAAAGCCCAGCUAUGCUCCAAGAAUCAAGUCAGAACAAAGAAAGAUUCAUUGGGAAAACGAUGAUGCAUGUACAUUAACAAAUAAGAUAGGUAUAUUGGGACCUUUAUAUACUUUCAAAGAGGUCAAAUUAAAAAGUAAAGAUCUUUUAAAGCGUAUCAUAUUUCAUGAGGUCAAGGAAACUCUAGAGAGGCCAGCUCAAUUAAUAUAUCCUGGAGACUUUUACUACGAUGGAAGUACAAAACUAUUAUAUGUACUAUGUUCAGGGAAUACAUGUAUUAGUAUAUCUAAGUUACAAUUCGAAGGUUUUGCAGUGGAAAGUGCUGAAAGUUUCAACUCAAAGCUAAGGAAAAGGUGUGGACGGGACUUGUUUGAGAAGACUUUAUUUGUUAAUUAG